GACAGCAAGAGGAAGUUGAGGUGGCGCUCAGUCCUCCUUAGGACCGAGUCGGAGCUGGUGUUUCUCGCUAGCGGGAGCCGGACUCCGCAGGCCACGCUGGCUGCGCAUGGAGCCGAGGACUCCGGUGGAGGCAGAAUGCUCCGGAUCGGCGAGAUACGCGAGGCGCCGGCAGCCCCGUGCUCCUCUGAACGUGAUGAUGAAGGGAAGAACAUCCAGGAGAAAAGUGACAUGAACAUUGAAUCUAUUGUGGGAAGUGAACAGGUCUGCAAAGGUACAGAUAAUGGUGACCUUCCUUCUUAUGUGUCUGCAUUCAUAGAAAAGGAAGUUGGAAAUGACCUUAAAUCUUUAAAAAAACUUGAUAAACUCAUAGAACAAAUGACAGAAAGUAAAAUGCAGGUAGAAGAACAGGUACUUACCAUUUCAUCAGAAAUUCCUAAAAGAAUUCAGAGUGCCUUAAAAAAUGCAGAAGAAUCAAAGCAAUUCCUUAAUCGGUUUCUGGAGCAAGAAACUCAUCUCUUCAGCUCCAUUAACAACCAUUUGCUGACUGCACAGCCCUGGAUGGAUGAUCUCGGGGCCAUGAUUAACCAAAUUGAAGAGAUUGAACGGCAUCUCGCUUACCUUAAAUGGAUUUCACAAAUUGAAGAACUAAGUGAUAACAUUCAGCAAUAUCUGAUGACCAAUAAUGUGCCAGAGGCAGCCUCUACCCUGGUGGCUAUGACAGAACUUGACAUUAAGCUUCAGGAAUCAACCUGUACUCAUCUUCUUAGUUUCAUGAGAGCCACAGUUAAAUUCUGGCAUAAGAUUCUCAAGGACAAGCUUACAAGCGAUUUUGAGGAAGUUUUAGCACAGCUUCAUUGGCCAUUCAUUGUGCCCCCUCAAUCUCAAACUGUUGGCUUAAGCCGACCCACCAGUGCUCCUGAGAUAUACAGUAACCUGGAGACAUUGUUUUGUCAGUUACUGAAACUACAAACCUCAGAUGAAUUACUUACUGAGCCAAAACAACUCCCAGAAAAAUAUUCUCUGCCUGCUUCCCCUUCUGUCAUCCUGCCCAUCCAGAUUAUGCUGACUCCCCUUCAAAAGAGGUUCAGAUAUCACUUCAGAGGCAACCGACAGACUAAUGUUAUAAGCAAGCCAGAAUGGUACUUGGCUCAGGUACUUAUGUGGAUUGGAAACCAUACUCAAUUUCUGGAUGAGAAGAUUCAGCCAAUAUUAGACAAUGUAGGCUCUGCAGUAAAUGCCAGGCUUGAAUUUUCUCGGGGUCUCAUGAUGCUGGUUCUUGAGAAGUUAGCUUCAGAUAUUCCUUGUCUGCUGUAUGAUGACAAUCUCUUCUGUCAUUUGGUGGAUGAGGUGCUGUUGUUUGAAAGGGAGCUACACAGUGUUCAUUGCUAUCCUUGCACAUUUGCUAGUUGUAUGCAUAUUCUAUCAGAGGAAACCUGUUUUCAGAGAUGGUUGACUGUGGAGAGAAAAUUUGCUCUUCAGAAAAUGGACUCAAUGCUUUCAUCAGAAGCUGCCUGGGUAUCCCAAUAUAAGGAUAUCACUGAUGUAGAUGAAAUGAAAGUUCCAGACUGUGCAGAAACUUUUAUGACUUUACUCUUGGUUAUAACUGACAGGUAUAAAAAUCUCCCCACAGCUUCCCGAAAGCUGCAGUUCCUGGAGUUACAGAAAGAUUUAGUAGAUGAUUUUAGGAUACGAUUAACACAGGUGAUGAAAGAAGAGACUAGAGCCUCCCUUGGCUUUCGAUACUGUGCAAUUCUUAAUGCUGUGAACUACAUCUCAACAGUACUAGCAGACUGGGCUGACAAUGUUUUCUUUCUACAACUUCAACAAGCAGCCCUAGAGGUUUUUGCAGAGAAUAAUACCCUCAGUAAACUGCAGCUGGGACAACUAGCCUCUAUGGAGAGUUCUGUCUUUGAUGACAUGAUUAACCUCUUAGAGCGUUUGAAGCAUGAUAUGUUGACCCGUCAAGUAGACCAUGUUUUUAGAGAAGUUAAAGAUGCUGCAAAAUUUUAUAAGAAAGAAAGAUGGUUAUCCUUGCCAUCUCAAUCAGAACAGGCAGUAAUGUCCCUAUCCAGUUCAGCCUGCCCGUUAUUGCUUACAUUACGAGACCGUUUACUUCAAUUGGAGCAGCAGCUUUGUUUCUCCUUAUUUAAAAUUUUCUGGCAAAUGCUUGUGGAAAAGCUGGACGUAUACAUAUAUCAAGAAAUAAUUCUUGCUAAUCACUUCAAUGAAGGAGGAGCAGCCCAGUUGCAGUUUGAUAUGACUCGGAACCUUUUCCCUUUGUUUUCUCAUUAUUGCAAGAGACCAGAAAAUUAUUUUAAACAUGUAAAAGAAGCCUGUAUUGUUUUGAAUUUGAACAUUGGUUCUGCACUGCUCCUGAAAGAUGUACUACAGUCAGCUUCAGGUCAGCUUACUGCCACAGCAGCAUUAAAUGAAGUUGGAAUUUACAAACUGGCUCAACAAGAUGUUGAAAUUCUGCUUAAUUUGAGGACAAACUGGCCUAACACUGGAAAAUAAUUCAUCUUUCAGACGAAGUUGUGUUUUGUUUUUUUGUUUUUUUUUUUAAACAAAAGGGAAGGUAGUUGGAUUUAAAGUUAUGAAGAUGUUCUGAAUUAAUGAAACUGGACAAGUGACAGCUUUACUGAAUCAUUUAUUAUCUUGAAUUUAUGGUGUUAUUAAAAUGACGACCAUAUUGCCUGAGUCCUCUUGUUCCUAAGAAAACCAAAAACAGAAAACUCAAAACUGUGGAAACUCAGAAUAAUUCCAUUUAUAAAUAUAAACGCUGAAUAUAUAUGUUGAAUAACAUACAAGUGAGCAAAUAAAUUAUAACUUUCAACUUCCUAUGCUAAAGAAAACUUUUGUGGAUAAUCAAACAUAGCCAAUAAAUUUUUUAAAAAAUCACUUAAGAAUGCAUGUUUAUCUUUGAGGUUCCUGUACCCAGUUUGGGAAUUCACUGUAUUUCCAUAAGAAAACACAUUAUGAGAUGGUGAAUACGCCAGGGUUGUUCUUCAUAUUCCAUAACUAUCUUUCCAUUUAAAAUACUCCUAGAGCAAGUGCAAGGCUCUGGGUUCAUUCCCCAGUCACAAAAUAAAUAAAUAAAAUGCCUCCUAGUUCCAGUCUGUGUGA